GUGUGAGACAAACUCAAGAGCGCAUCAUUUAAAAACAAAUUAUUUGUGUGGUAUGUGAAGUGAUUGGUUGAAGCAGGUGAAUGAUAUCAGUUCCGAUAUCUCCUAACAGCGCACGGUUCACGUGAUGCUGCUACUGCCGCCGCAUAAAAACUUAAACUACCGGGGUCAACUAGCAGGUUACUUUGCCACUCCUAGACGGAGAUACUUAGCUGAGAAGGAACCCAAAUGGCAGCAGUUUUCCACUGGUCAGAUUACCUCGUCUUUGCUAUAACACUGUUCAUUUAUUCGUUGGUCGGAAUUUAUCAAAAAUUUCGCCUUCCAAUUCUGCGAAUUUUGAGACAUGCUAUCCACCGCUCCAGCUCGGCUGAAUGCAAGGAGGUUGAAGAGGAUAUGAAGGACGAUUUGUUUUUGGGCAGCCGACAGUUGACAUUGUAUCCUGUUCUGUCCAGCGUGAUGGCAAGCUUCCUCUCUGCUGUGUCUAUUCUCGGAACUGCGAAGGAAGCCUAUCUGUAUGGAAUCCAAUAUUUUCUUUUGACAAUUGCCCAUAUUAUUGGAUUUUCUAUUUCUGCCGAGGUUUAUACGCCAGUACUCUACAAUCUGAAGGUGACAAGCGCCCACGAGUACCUUGAAUACCGAUUUGGCAAAUCUGUCCGUCUCGCAACGUCAUUUGCGUUUGUGGUUCAGAUGGUUGUGUACAUUGGUGUUGCUCUGUACACCCCUGCGUUAGCAUUUAGUCAAGUCAGCGGAUUACAGAUUUGGAUAUCUAUUCUGUCAACCGGCUUGGUGGCCACCUUCUACACUGCCAUGGGUGGCAUUCGAGCGGUUGUCUGGACUGACGCUCUGCAGCUUAUCCUUUUCACUGCUGGAUUGCUCGCCAUUGUGGCAGUCGGGAUAGUUCGUGUUGGCGGGAUUGCUACAUUGUAUGACAUUGCCAGUCAAGGAAAGAGGCUACAAUCAUUUGACUUUGAUCCGAAUCCAUUCAAGCGACACACAGUUUGGACCAUGUCGAUCGGCGGAGCUGGAAUGAUACUGAGUGUUUAUGCAACAAACCAAACGAUGGUUCAACGAUAUCUGGCUUGUAAAGAUCUGAAAACAGCUCGUUUAGCCAUACUGCUGAACAUACCCCUGAACGGCGCGUUUCUUGUCGUCCAGUUACUGUGUGGACUAACUGCUUACGUUUAUUUCGUUGGAUGCGAUCCUCUCACAUUAGGGGACAUUCACGCACCAGAUCAAAUUCUGCCCUACUUUAUUACGGUUCUCUUCGAUGGAGUACCAGUUGUCCGUGGUCUUUUUCUCUCGGUAAUUUUCGCAGCAGCAUUAAGCACUGUGUCUUCUGGCAUUAACAGUUUGGCGGCCGUGGUGUUGGAAGAUUUCAUCCUACCGAUUCAUGAGUGUCUGCGAAGUCGGGAGUUGAAUGCUCGGAAGAAAUCCAUUCUUGGGUUCACACUUUCGAUGUUUCUGGGACUCACAACGAUCGGCUUGUCAUUCCUGUUCGAAGUGAUGAAUCCAGGCGUAUUGCAAUUCGCUCAAAGCCUAUUUGGAGCAGUCGGGGGCCCAAUCUUCGCAGUGUUUACAUUGGGCUUACUCUUGCCCUGCAUCAACUGGCAGGGUGCUCUGGCAGGACUGCUGUUCAGCCUAACUGCGGGGUUGUGGCUCUGUAUUGGCGCGAUUGUAUAUCCUUCGAGUGGGAACACACUUCCUCUCUCAACCAACAGUUGCCGGAUAGACAAUGAGACAUUCAUUUCAGCUGCCAGUCCCGCUCCGGAACAAGAGUUCAAUUUUUACUCCCUAUCAUACUUGUACUACACUCUGGUGUGUCUCGCCGUUUCGGUCUUGUUCUCCUUGGCAGUGAGCGCACUCUUUAAAUUUAACUCAGCAAAUCCUGUCCCGAAUUAUCUGUUGGCCCGACAAGCUUGCUAUUUGUAUCGUCGCUCAGCUACAUCGUUUUGUUCCAAGUGGACUGAAGAGAAUGAAAACUCGUUGCAAGGUAGUUCGGAUGCUUUAUCGAAUUUGGAAGUCAAAGCUUUAGAACAGGAAUUCGACGAAGUGAGAUCGUACCGUGAUUCGUCCACUGACACUGGCGGUACUUACGGCUGAUAUCCAAAAGAUACAAAUCCACGCUUGCAAGCAUUCAUCUAAGGUGAUAACAAACUGCACCUUCAAGCAAACAGCAGGCUAAAAAGUGAUAUUUCGUUGACCCGUUGUUAAUGUGCCGAUUUCACUGUACAAUAUUAUGCAACAUUCGCUACGAUGUGUUUUU